GCUUCCUCACUGUGGCAUGGCCUAGAGCUGGAGAUAGCCCACACACACAGAGGCCAAGUUAACAGGACACUGACUACAGCACAAGUAUACCUCAGACUGAGUCCUCUCUUGGCCCAGGUUUGGCCAGUCCUCCCUCUCUCUGAGUAGAGGCAGUGGUGGUGGAGCACAGCUGAUGUUGAGGAGAGAGGCAGUGGUGGUGGAGGACAGCUGAUGUUGAGGAGAGAGGCAGUGGUGGUGGAGCACAGCUGAUGUUGAGGAGAGAGGCAGCAUGUGUGAAGGCUGUUCUCUAACGGACUAUCUUCAGCUUUACGGAGAGGCCAGGUCAAGCACCCCUGAGCCUUGGAUCUUUCCUCAUCUUAACCAGCAGUAUAACAGUCCGAUGGGACUAACUGCUCCUACUCCUCUACGCCUCUGAGAUCCUCUGUGUUCUCCUCCACUUUUUUUCACAGCCUGUGGCAGUAUUUGCUUUCCACAGAGAUGGACAGCUGCUCAGUCUAGACUUAGAAUCAUGGUUGGAUCUGUGGAUUGACUGUGAAGCCACAAAUUCAACUGACUUUAUCAAGAUUAAGGUCCUUGUAUUGGAGACAGGCCCGGAACUGACACCAUAGAGACCUAGAGAUGUGAUGACCAGAGAAGUCGUCAAAACAGAAGAACUCGUAAUAUUGUUGGUGGAUGGUGUCAACCAAACAGAGGUCAAAAUGGAACCAAUUAGAAAAGACAUGGAGCUGCUAAGUAACAGCAUGGCGAGCUAUGCUCACAUCAAAGCCAACCCAGAGAGCUUGGCUUUGUACUUCAUGAUGGGUGUGUGUUUUGGCCUGCUCCUGGCCCUGUGCCUCCUGGUCACUGGCAUCGCCUGUAGCACACGUCGUGGUCGCACCAAGAACAAGAACACUCCCCACUCCCUAGAGAGGAGACAACUGAAGUCUAGUGAAGAAGAUGAGGAACAGGAGAAAGUGGAUGUGGAAGAAGGGGAGGAGGUUGAGAUCCCUAAAUUAACCAAGGUGCCUAUGAGCAACCUCAGCAGCCAAUCAAAUGGUACUUUGAGGAGCGUGAACGUGUUUGUGUCAGCAGAUGCACUGGAGAGGGCGAGGCAACUGGAGGAGAGGGAGCGCAUCAUCAUAGAAAUCUGGAGAAACGGGCAGCCUGAUAUAAUGGCCACUGGGACAGGGACCAUCGGACGGGUACACUACCUCUAAAGGACCUAAAGUGACAAUGACCUACUAACAUUUUAUUAACCCUGAACUUUAUCUACUUCAGACAGAGACUGUAGUGGACUUUACUGGGCAGGCACAGAUUCACCUUCAUCUUCUCAUUCAAUGUGUAUUUUCAACGUUUUUCAUUAAUGUAUGACUAUGGCAAAUGUGUUGCACAAUACAAUGUACGCUUUUAUGUUUAUACUUCAAUGAGUAUCCAUAUACAUUUUUUAUUUUGGUAAUAAAAAGUAGAAUUUCA